AUGGCUGAGGCUGAGGGCACCGGACCGAAACCAACGCCGCCACCGGAGUGGCUGACCGCUGCGUACCUUGAAACGAUCCUGCGAAAGUCCGAGGGCGACAAAGAUCUGACCGUGCACAGCGUCGACAUUACGCAGGUGGGAAAACCGGGCGAAUAUCUGGCCAGCCAACCGUUCCGCGCCACGGUUGAGUAUCGGAGUGCGAAGGUGGCCGGCGGCGGCAACGCUACCAAGAAGCUGGUCGUUAAAACGCUCCCCGAGGGGGGCGUCGUCGCUGGGCCAGUAAACGGGGAGCUGUUUAAGAAGGAGGUGACAAUGUACAACGAAUUUUUGCCAAAGAUGAAACGUGUCCUCGAAGACAACGGCAAGCCGGUGAUGCUGCCGACCUGUCUGCAGUCGGCCGAGUCGCCCCGGUCUGUAAUCGUCCUGGAGGAUCUCGCACCGGCCGGCUGGAAGGGGCACGAUUUGAUCGAAAGUUUCGAGGAAGCGAAACCGGUCACGAUCGAAAUUGCACGCUUCCAUGCGGCUUCGUUUUUCCUGAGCAAGAAUAAAACCGACUUCGAAGGUUUCCAAACGGACUUGUUCAAGAAAAAGGAUCCGGUGCUCGAAUGGAUGUUUGGCAAAAAUCUAAAAGCAUUCGUCGACGCCCUGCGCACAUGGGAAGGUUGCGAGAAGUUUGUCGCUCCGUUCGAGCGCGCUACCAGCGACUAUUCCGAUCGGUUGCAUAACAUCUACAGCUACCAAACGCCCGGCCGGUUGUACAAUGUCCUCAACCACGGUGACUUCCAUGCGAAAAAUCUACUCCACCAGUUCAACGAUGAAAAUGGCAUCGUUGCGACCCGGUGA